UCGCAGCGGGCCUUGGCGCACGAGUUUUCGAUUUGGCAGAACAGCAGCGAGAACAAAACCCCUCCACGCUGGUGCUCUGCGUUGGGCAUUUCUGGCGCGUCCGACGGCUGCCACCCGUGCGAUGGUCGGCAUGAGCAGCUUCGGGCUGAACGCGUCCACGCUGGAGAGCAUUGUCGGGGGGAGCCGGGCCGCCGCGGGCACGGACCAGGAGCCCGAGCGCAACCACGAGCGGCAGGCCCUGCUGAACGAGCUGCUCGCGACGGUGCGCCAGUGCCAGCAGCAGUACGGUGGCCACGCGAAGCUCGCGACCGAGGACGACCCGCUGAUCGGCACGCUGUGCGACGUGUGGGAGCGGGUGCUGUCGCACGGGCUGCGCACGGCCGCCUGGAUGCCGUUCAACAUCCUCGAGUACUUCGGGCCGCCGGAGGGCGGCCGACCCGCGGUCGAGCGACCCUGCUUCUGGGACUUUGCCUCGAACCAUCUGACGCGGGACGAGCGCGAACGGUUCUGCGCCCUGCAGCAGGUGGUGACGCGGCGCGGCCGGGCCCGGGCCCUGCUGCGCGCCUUCCUCAACGAGCGCGCGCUCGAGCGGUACGUGCUCGUGUGGCUCGGCGACGGCGAGCUGCUCAACACACACUACGAACCGUGGGCGAUGCUGCGGCACGGCGAGUGCCAAUCGGUGCUGCCGAACGUGGCCGCCGGCCUCGGCACCGUCCUGUUCGCGAUCGUGAUCGAUCGGAGCGAGCUCAACCGGCCCGUCACGGGGCUGGCCGGGCAGGAACAGAAGCCGGAACCGAUCAUCGUCACCCGCCGGCCCGUCGGCCCGGUGCGCAAGGUGAAUGCGGUGCAGCGGGAAAUAUUGGACGAUGCGGUGCCGCGCCAGCUAACACCACCGAGCACCAGCAGCAGCAGCAGCAGCAGCAGGCGGACGCCGCUGGAAGGCACGGACGCUACUGCGGGUGGUGCCGCGCCACGGGAAGAAGUGCCAUACACGGUGACGGAAGCGCUCGGUGGCUGGGGCGCGGGGGAAGCGGAUGGGCCGGGCCCGGGUGCCGGUACAUCGCCGGCCGGGACGGUCGAUGUGGCGGAGGACAGCAUGCUCAACUACUCGUCGGCCAGUGCGACCACCAGCUCCCGCUCGACCACGGGCAGCUCGCUCAGCGGGGAGGGACGGGGCACGGAGGAGGACACGGGCUCGGAGGUGGCGUACCGGCACCGGACCCGUUCCGGAUCGCCGGCGCCGGUGCUGCGGUCAGAGCCCGAACUGCCCUCCACCCCUGCACCCUCCGGGCGGCCCUACGAGAAGCUGCUGCGAAGAAAUCAAGAGCUGGAGGAGCGCUGCCAUCUGCUGGAGUCGCGCGUCGCCGCACUGAGUCUCGAAAACUACCGCCUGCGUGCGCUCACGCGCUCCAACCGGCUGUCGGUGGCGUUCUUCAGCUUCAGCAUUCCGAAAGCGAUACAGCGGGCGGCGGACGGUGGACGGUCGCGCCGCCCCUACCACGUGUACGAGAUCCGCAUAACCCCGUCCGGCGUGAGCGGCUCGACGGCGGGCAACGAGAGCUGGUGCGUGUACCGGCGCUACAACGAGUUCUACCGGUUGCAUCGCCGCCUGCAGAAGCAGUACCCGACGGUCAAGAAGCUCGACUUUCCGCCGAAGAAAAAGUUUGGCAAUCUGAAUGCCGAUCUUGUGGAGCAGCGGCGCCAGCGGCUACAGGUGUACUUGAACGGGCUGUUCGUAUCGACCCUGCCGGAGGUGCUGUCCUGCAGUACGCGCGUCCAGCUCGAGCAAACAUUUCCAUUUCUGAGCGACCAAACGCCUGCCGGGCCGGCCACCCCGGGCGGAGCGGCGUGAGCAUCCCCGGACCAUACCCUCUGUUCGCUCGCCCUACGCGCGUCACACGGUACCGCGAGCAUGUGAUGCAUUCGAAACGAGUUUA